AUGUCUCGUCCGAAUACCCAUGCCUCGCCGUUUCAUCACGUGAAGUCUAAUAAGACAUCACAAAUGCCUUUGAAACUAGAGCGCCCAUACAAUGUGACCGUUAUCGGUUCAGGGAACUGGGGGACCACUAUUGCCAAAGUCGUGGCCGAAAACACACGUGAACAUCCAAGUUGUUUUGCGCCAACCGUUCAAAUGUGGGUUUUCGAAGAAAAAAUCGAUGGUAAGAAUUUGACUGAAAUUAUUAAUACUGAGCAUGAAAAUGUGAAAUAUUUACCAAAAAUCAAAUUACCGGAAAAUCUGGUUGCAAACCCUUCAUUGGAAGAUUCAGUGAAAGGUGCCGAUAUUUUAAUCUUUAAUAUCCCACAUCAAUUCUUGCCAAAUAUCGUUAACCAGUUGAAACCUCACGUUCUUCCCUCUGUACGUGCUAUUUCAUGUUUAAAGGGUUUCGAUGUGGGUCCUAAAGGUGUUCAAUUGUUGACCGAUUAUAUCACAGAUAAUUUAAACAUUCAAUGUGGUGCUCUUUCUGGUGCUAAUUUGGCUACCGAAGUCGCUUUAGAACAUUGGUCUGAAACUACAGUUGCCUACAACUUACCAUUUGAUUAUAGAGGUGAUGGUAAAGAUGUUGACCAUAGAGUCUUAAAAGCUCUUUUCCAUAGACCUUACUUCCACGUUUCCGUUAUUGAUGACGUUGCCGGUGUCUCAGUCGCUGGUGCUUUGAAAAAUGUUGUCGCUUUGGGUUGUGGGUUUGUUGAAGGUUUAGGAUGGGGUAAUAACGCCUCGGCGGCUAUCCAAAGAAUCGGUCUUGGUGAAAUCAUUAAAUUCGGUCUAAUGUUUUUCCCUGAAUCAAGCGUCGAAACUUAUUAUAAAGAGUCUGCAGGUGUGGCUGAUUUGAUCACCACUUGUUCAGGUGGUAGAAAUGUCCGUGUCGCCAAGAUGAUGGCUGAAACUGGUAAAUCCGCCAAAGAAUGUGAAGAGAUCUUAUUGAAUGGUCAAUCCGCCCAAGGUAUCAUCACUUGUGAAGAAGUUCAUGAAUGGUUAACCACUUGUGACAAAGUAGACGAAUAUCCAUUACUUGAAGCCGUCUACCAAAUCGUCUUCAAUAAUGUUCCAAUGGAAGAUAUCCCUGAGAUGAUUGAAGAAUUAGACUCUUUGACUGUUUUUGCUAAAAGUGAAAACAAGCCAACAACUGAAACGAAAAAAUGA